AUGAUAAACCAACCUUCUGGACAAAUCAAACUGACAAAUGUGUCUAUCGUAAAACUUAAAAAAGGCAAGAAGAAGUUUGAGAUCGCCUGCUACCAGAACAAAGUACAGGACUUCCGGAAAGGCGUUGAGAAGGACGUUGAUGAAGUUUUGCAGAUUCAUCAAGUCUUCAUCAACGUUUCCAAGGGCCAGGUUGCCUCGAAAGAGGACCUAACAAAGUCGUUUGAGGCAAAAGACUUAGACACCAUAAUUAAAGAAAUCCUCACAAGGGGUGAAAUACAGUUAUCGGAGAAAGAGCGGCAGCUGAUGCUGAAUAAGAUUAACAAUGAAAUGCUUACAAUUGUCAGCGCUAAGUGCAUUAACCCUAAAUCAAAAAAGCGCUACCCUCCAACUAUGAUUCACAAGGCGUUGGUUGAGUUAAAGUUCAACGUUGUGCUCAACAAACCAGCGAAAUUGCAGGCCCUGGAGGCCAUUAAGGUUCUAGUUGCCAAACAAAUAAUCCCAAUCGUCCGCGCAAGGAUGAGAAUCAAGGUCGACCUACAGAAGCCGGGCAACGAUGACCUAAUUGAGAAGCUACUGCCUCUCAUCAAAUCUCCAGAGCUGACAGAGGCUGAAUCCUCAUGGUGCUGUGCUGGUCUAAUAGAUCCCGUGUCAUAUCGUACAAUUGUAGAGGCUUGUAAUAACAGGGGCACUCUUCAAGUUCUGGACAUGGCCGUAGUUGACAAUAAGUAA